AUGGACGUGCACGAGCACGAGGCAGCAACUGGCUGCCGGUUCUCGUGGAACAUCUGGCCGCCAACGCGGGCGGAGGCGCAGCAGAUCGAAGUGCCGCUGGGGUGUAUGUACACCCCGCUGAAGGAGUGCAUGCAUCUGCAGCUCGUUGAGUACGAGCCCGUGCGCUGCAGAGUCAGCGGCUGCAUUUUGAAUCCUUUCUGCGCAGUCGACUUCAGAAACAAAAGCUGGACUUGCCCCUUUUCGCUGCAGCGAAAUUCUUUCCCCAGCCACUAUGCUGCCCACAUAUCCGAACAUAAUUUGCCCGCGGAGUUGCUGUACCCAACCAUUGAGUACAUUUUGCCCCCCAGCAUGUCUUUGCCCAGCAGCGCAGCAGCAGCAGCAGCAGCUGCUGCAGCAGCAGCAGGAGCAGCAGGAAACGCCAACCAGCUGCUGCCUUCUCCCCUGUUUGUGCUAGUUCUGGACACCUGCAUAAUUGAGGAAGAAAUCGAGCAGCUCAAGGACUCGCUGCUGCAGGCGCUGGCGCUGAUGCCUUCAGAUGCAAUGAUUUGCCUCAUCACUUUCGGAGCCAUGUGCAUGCUCCACGAAAUUGCAGAUGGAGGAGAAUUCAACAAAGUUCAUGUUUUCCACGGAUCCAGAGACCUUUCCUCAGCUAGUAUUCAGCAGCAGCUGGGACUGGGUGGUGGUGCUACUUAUGCUGCUCCCCGCAGCGGCAGCAGCAACAACAGAUGCCCCUGGCUGCCACCAGCAGCAGCAAGAUUUAUUCAGUCUGUGGGGGACUGCGAAGCAAAAGUUUCUUUCAUUUUAGAGUCCCUGAAGAAGGACUACUGGCCAGUGCCAGCAGACUCCAGACCCAAAAGAUGCACCGGAUUGGCCCUUUCGGUGGCUCUGGCUCUCGUAGAAAGUUGUUGGUUGAAUUUGCCCGCAAGGAUUAUGCUGUUCACGGGGGGCGUCUGCACCACGGGUCCCGGCCAGAUAGUGGAUCUGCCCCUGGCGGAGUCAAUUAGGCACCACUUGGACCUCCAAAAGGACAAUUCUAAUGCCCGAUUUGUCCAAAAAGCUCUCAAGUUUUACGCAUUUCUUGCAAACCGGGCAGUGCGGGCUGGCUGCGCCAUAGACAUUUUCGCCUGUUCUUUGGACCAGGUGGGACUUUACGAAAUGAAAGUAAUGCCGGAGAAGACAGGAGGCGCUGUGGUGAUGGCAGAUUCUUUUUCGUUGAAUGUUUACAAAGACAGCCUCAGGAAGUUCUUCGAGACAGACUCAACCGGGUUUCUUCAAAUGGGCUUCAACGCGCGAGUGGAGGUUUUGUGCAGCAAAGAGUUUAAAGUCUGCGGGGCGAUUGGCCCGUGCACAAGCACCAACAAAAGAGGCGCGCAGGUUUCCGACUUGGCCAUUGGAGAAGGCGCGACUUCGGAAUGGCAGGCGGCGGCGCUGGACAGGGAAACCACUCUAGCGUUUUACUUCGAAGUCACCAACCAACACCCUUCCAAUUUGCCUCCAGGCAAACAGUCCUUUCUCCAGUUCCAAACGUGUUACUUGCACCCCAGCGGCCGCCGCCGCCUGCGGGUCACCACUUUGUCUUAUCGCUUUGCGGAACAGAGCCCUCUAGACAUUGCCCCAGGCUUUGACCAAGAAGCUGCAGCAGUUCUGACGGCUCGUUUGGCAGUUUUAAAAACUGAAAAUGAAGAGGCCAUGGAUGUCUUGAGGUGGCUCGAUAGGAAGCUCAUUCGACUCGUCGCCAGAUUUGCUGACUACCAAAAGGACGAUCCGAAUUCAUUUCACUUAUCGACGGAGUUUGCAAUUUACCCGCAAUUCAUGUACCACUUGCGGCGGAGUCAUUUCUUGCAAACUUUCAACGCCAGUCCGGACGAAACGGCUUAUUACCGAUCGGUGCUGCUCCGGGCCAGCGUGGUGAACGCGCUGGUGAUGAUUCAGCCGGCCCUGCUUUCUUACUCUUUGAACCAGCAGGGGCCUCCCCAGCCAGUGUUGCUUGACGCGCAGGCCCUCAAGCCCGACGUGAUUCUGCUGCUGGACUCCUUCUUCCACGUUGUGGUUUGGCACGGGGAAUUAAUUCACCAGUGGAAGCAGCAAGGCUAUCACAACCUUCCUGAAUAUGAAAACCUCAGACAGCUGCUGCAGGCGCCUGUGGAUGAUGCCGCUGUAAUCCUAAGUGACAGGUUCCCGGCCCCCAAGUACGUGCAGUGCAACAGCGGGGGCUCUCAGGCUCGGUUUUUGCUCGCGAAGGUAAACCCUUCAGUUUCUUAUGACUCAGCAGCAGCAGGAGCAGCAGCAGCAGCAGCAGGAAUUGGCUUCGGCGACAGCAACGGGGAAACUGCAAUAAACACCGAUGAUUUCCUCCCAAAGAGUUCUGGAGGCCUUCUGCUGAGGGCAACUGCAGCUGCUGCUGAACAGCAGCAGCUGCAGCAGGAGCAACAGCACCUGCUGCAGCAACAGCAGCUGCUGCAGCAGCAGCUGCUGCAGCAGCAGCUGCAGCAGCAGCAGCAGCUGCAUCAGCAGCUACUGCAGCAACAGCAGCAGCUGCAGCAACAGCAACAGCAGCAGCUGCAGCAGCAGCAGCUGGAGCAGCAAAAGAUAACUGAACAGUUUCUGAAAAUAAAAGUGGAUUAG